AUGUCUUCUUCCAAUCCUUUUCCGUCUCUAGAAAAUAAUAUACAGUUGCUCAGAACCUCAUUAAAUGCAAUAUAUGGUCGCACGAGCAACAUCAUUGAACAUAGAGCCGCUCCAAGUUAUGAACCCUCAAAAGAAGAUUUAGAUGCUUUAGAAUCAAUGAAAACGCAAUUUCAUGCAGUAUGUGAUGAACUUUAUCUCAAUUUGCAAAAUGCUAAAAAAGUUCUUCUACGAGAUUACCACGAGAAUUUUAAGGAUUUGAUAAAUGAGAACAAGCAAAGGGAAGAAAUUAUUGCGGAAAAGAUGAGAACUCAAAAUAAAAAAAUUGCAUCAUUGGGAAAAAUUUUAGAAGUAGAUAAAUUGCCAGCUCAAGAUGCUUCAUCUGAAAUAGUUAAAAUGGAUGAAUCUUGA